UGCAGCCGGCUCACCCACUCCGGACCGACAUGGCCCAGGAACGCCCCUCCUGUGCCGUGGAGCCCGAGCACGUCCAGCGACUGGUGCUGUCCUCUCAUGAGGCCAAGAAGUCAGCCUACUGCCCUUACAGCCGCUUCCCUGUUGGGGCUGCCCUGCUCACCGGGGACGGGAGGAUUUUCUCCGGCUGCAACAUUGAAAACGCCUGCUACCCACUGGGUGUGUGUGCAGAGCGGACUGCCAUCCAGAAGGCCAUCUCAGAAGGGUACAAGGAUUUCAGGGCUAUUGCUAUCGCCAGUGAUUUACAGGAAGAGUUCAUCUCUCCGUGCGGAGCCUGCCGACAAGUCAUGAGAGAGUUUGGCACUGACUGGGCCGUGUACAUGACCAAGCCAGAUGGCACAUACGUAGUCAGGACAGUCCGGGAGCUGCUGCCAGCCUCGUUUGGGCCUGAAGACCUGCAGAAGAUUCACUGAAGGCGAGAGAGUGCCUGUCUAUGUGAGCCUGGGUUCCCUACCUAAGGGACAGGCCCUGGAAGAUUUCCUAAUGAUGUUGUCCCUGGCUGGACCCGGAGACACCUGCCACAUGGGUCCCAAAUGGCCAGGCAAGGGCGACCUUGAUUCCCACACCACAGUCUCCCCUAGAGUGAUGGAAGUUGUCCCUCUGCCUGGGCCUGGGCCAAAGCCAGCGUCCUUCUGGGGACUCUGAGCACUCUGCUCCCUCCUCUCCCUCCUGCUGGCCCUGACAUUCCAGGCCUGGUCUACCUUCCUGCCAGCCUUUCAAAGCUCUGUCCUGUUCCCUGUGACUCUUCUGAUUAUAAACACCACAGAACAUUCUGGCUGAGAAGAAUGAGUUUUUAGUCUCCGUGUACAGCUCAUAGUGGGUGGUUCAUCUCAUGGGGCAGAGGAUGUGGGUGCUUUCCCAGCACCCCUCUCUGUGACAUCUGAGGUCAGAGGCUCCUCAUCCCUGUGUUCUUAGAUGGGAGGCUCCUAGGCAGGGCUUGAUCUCAAGAGCCCUCUUGCUACCGUGUGGACAUGGGAUGGAAGCUGUGUCAUUGGGGGCGUGUCCCUGAAGCAGGCGGAGGCAUCCAGACUUCCCCCCCCUCCUCACUUCCUAGCUAGCUAGUGAGGUGAGCUGCUCUUUACCACACUCAGUGAUGUGCACCUCCCCAGCCAGAAGCUGAAAGUCAAGGGGUCCACAGGCCAGACCCCCCAAAAACUGUAAGGCCAAAUAAACCUCUCCUCUUCAUAAGCUGAUUCUCCCAAGUGUUUGGCGCAGGGCGGAGAGCUGUAUGACACACCAUUGCUAGAGAUCCGAGUCUUGAUGCCACCCACGGCCACAGCUGUGAGAGACGACACAGUUUAAGGGGAAGCGUGGUCACGGUGGAAAAGAUAGCUCUCAGGACCCACUAAGUGCUGCAUGCUUUGGUACUACUCUUUAUUUUCAAUGCUCAGUGGUUCUGGGAGCUGGCUGUCACCU